AUGUCGGGCGAGGAAGAGUUCUACCUCUUCAAGAACGGGUCUUCCUCGUUGGGCCCUUGGGAUGGCCCCCAGUACCACAUCGCCCCCCGCUGGGCCUUCUACCUGCAGACGGCCUUCAUGGGCUUUGUCUUCCUGGUGGGGACCCCCCUCAACGCCAUCGUCCUGGUGGUCACCGUCAAGUACAAGAAGCUGCGGCAGCCCCUCAACUACAUCCUGGUGAACAUCUCCUUCAGCAGCUUCAUCUCCUGCAUCUUCAGCGUCUUCACCGUCUUCAUCUCCAGCUCCCAGGGUUACUUCGUCUUCGGCAAGCACAUGUGCUCCUUGGAGGGCUUCGUGGGGGCCACCGGAGGGCUGGUGACAGGGUGGUCCUUGGCCUUCCUGGCCUUCGAGCGCUACAUCGUCAUCUGCAAACCCUUCGGCAACUUCCGCUUCAGCUCCAAGCACGCCCUGAUGGUGGUGGUGGCCACCUGGGUCAUCGGCGUUGGCGUUGCCAUCCCCCCCUUCUUCGGGUGGAGCAGCUACGUCCCCUACGCCGCCCUGGCCAUGUACAUGGUGAACAACCGCAACCACGGCCUGGACCUGCGCCUGGUCACCAUCCCUGCCUUCUUCUCCAAGAGCGCCUGCGUCUACAACCCCAUCAUCUACUGCUUCAUGAACAAACAGUUCCGCGUCUGCAUCAUGGAGACGGUCUGCGGGAAGCCCAUGACGGACGACUCGGACAUCUCCAGCUCGGCCCAGAGGACCGAGGUCUCCUCGGUCGGCCCCACGGCGAUGACCCACAAGGAGCGGUGGGGCAGGGAGAGGGGAGAUGCAGCCCCCUCCCUCCACCCAUGGGGAUGA